AUGACAUCGCGACUAAACAACCUCGCGGCCUUCCACCAAAAGCUCGCCAAAGCCGAUCGCAUCCUGGCCAUCUGCGGCGCUGGACUCUCUGCUGCAUCGGGACUCCCACCUUCCGCGGCGCCGGCGGACUAUGGAGAAACUAUGAAGCUACGGACUUGGCGACUCCGGAGGCGUUUGCUGAGGAUCCGGGGUUGGUGUGGUUAUUUUAUGCUUAUCCGAACGAAGCCCGAAUAUGCUACCCAGGUACUGACGAAAGAAACUCUUACCACCCAGCGCCGACACAUGGCCCUCCAAGUCAAACCCAACUCGGGCCAUCACGCCCUGGCCGCCCUCGCCCGCGCCAAACCAAACUUCCUAUGUUUAACCCAAAACGUAGAUAACCUCUCUCCGCGCGCCGGCCACCCUUCUUCCCAACUACGCACCCUCCACGGCUCUCUGUUUACACUUAAAUGCUCUUCUGCUACCUCAUCCGUUGAUCCGCCUGACCCUUCCCAACCGGGGAAAAUCCCCCUUUUGGAUCCUUCACACCCUUUACCAACUAUUGCGCCUUCGCAACUGCCGCAAUGCCCUCGUUGUAAGGAAUCGGGAAAACAAAGUCUGCUAAGACCAGGCGUCGUCUGGUUCGGCGAGUCUUUAGAUGCCCAGAUGUUAAAGGAGGUAGAUGAUUGGAUAGAUCAAGGUCCUAUUGAUAUCGUGCUAGUGGUGGGGACGAGUAGCGUAGUCUAUCCGGCGGCGGGGUAUGCGGAGCGAGCAAGGACAAAGGGAGUAACGAGCGUGGUGACGGUUAAUAAGGAGGUUGAGAAGAGGAUGUGGAGGAGACCAGAGGAUUUGGCGUUUCAGGGGGGCGCGGAGGAGUGGUUGGGACGGAUGUUUGAGCCGCUGAUUGGGGUGUUGGGUGAAGAUGGUGGUGGUGCUGCUGCUGGUGUAGAGGAGGGGGGAGGCAAAGGGGGUGAGUAA